UUUUCUUCUUCGGGGAUUUUGACAUUAACUUCGUUGCAACCGUUUUCGACCUCAACACGGACUUUAAGACAUUGAUUCCGUCGUGACUGAUUUUGACCCCAACAAGGUUUAGUAAGAAAAGGGAUCAAGAGCUAGAGAGAAUGAGGAUGGAGAAUGAGAGGAUGAAACUUGAGAAUGAUAGGAUGGGACUGGAGUUGAAAAAAAGGGAACUGGGUGUUGAGUUAUAACGGAGUUAGCUUUUUGUUUUUUUUCUUCUUAAUUUGUAUACAGAGCUUCGCUAAAAGGAAGACUAGUUUUGUGUUAUUGUAAGGUUUGCUUUGAUUGAAAUGAUCUCGAGACUUUGAUGUGAGAGAUCAUUGUGGUUGCAUGCAGUGAUGAAUGUGGAGAAUGUAGCGAGCAAGGAUUUGGUUAGGAAAAGCACCUCUUGGUCUCUUUCUUCAUCAUUCUGAUGUACUAUUAUCUCUGACAUCUUAAUCCAAUAAUAUCACUUAUGUAUUUUUCACCACUCUUAUCCACCUAAACAGUUUAAACGAAAGUAUCAAGACAUUCAAGAACAUCAGUACUACUAAAGUUCACACUUCGUAUGCUAACUGGUAGACAAUUUAGAGUUCUUGUGCAAAACCUCUGCUCAUGGUUGUCAUUUUAUGUCAUUGAAAUACCGUUGUGGUUACAAGACAACUCAAGAAAGAAAGAUAAUAGGGUGGUGAUCCGCGGUCGAGUGCUCCGGCCAUUGUCACGAACUCACGCCCAUAUAAACAAAAUUUUCAAAAUUGGAGAAAGGAUUGCACUAUUUAUUUAUUAAAUAGUUGGGCUUAAACGGGCCUUGAAUUUCUCUCCUAAGCCCAAACGUUUAGGGAUCAUCAUCUCAAAAGUCAAGUCAAACAAUAGAGACUUUUUUUUGAAGAAAAGUCAAACAGUAGAGACUUCACUUCAUUUUGGUCUCCCCUGUCUGUCUCAGUGGUAUGGUAUGUCACAGUCACACAGUACUUCACUUCAUCAUCCUGUCCUGGUCUCCCUCGUCUUUUAACGUCCGGCCCCUCCACAUAAAGACACCAUGGUGAAGUAGGUAAUAUUCUUAUGCUUAGAUAUAAGACCAUGCACAGCAGGGGUUUUAGUGAGGUUCAUGGGCUCGAGUUCUAAGGGACCGAUGAAUAAAAGAAAAUAAAAAAUGGGUUCGUUUUGAUGAACCGGGCCUUACGAGUGAUAUCGUAUGAAGCGGGUUCAAGCCACGCGUCGUGUGUUGAUUUGUUGAACGAAGGCGCGUAGAGGAGGAGGAAAGUUGGGCUUCCCCGUGUAUCGACUCAUUUGCUCUUCUCGACCAAAAAGCUAGGGUUUCGUUGUGAGAGGCGAUUUCUCGUGCGACGCCGUCUCCCGGAGGUUUUCUCGUUCUAAUCGACGACGGAGUGUCUUCUCCACUUGCUCAGAUGGAUCCCUCAGAAGAGAGAAAGCAUUCAAAGAGGCAAAAGGACUACAUCAACAUGCUUUCAUACACUUGCGAUUCAGAAUACGGGAUUCCGAGAAGGUGUUCCUGUGGUGGGAGAAUCAUCGACGAGGUUCGAGAGAAGCAGGAGUACGGCACUCUUCCUGGGAAGCGUUUCUUCACCUGCGCCAACUACGAGGAAGACUCUGAAGAACAUUUAGUUGUUGUGUAAUUAACUGUGGUUGUUAUUUGCGGAUACUUUAAGCCACAAGUAGUAGGACUUUAUGUCAGUUUUUAAUCCCGGAUGUGAACGGAUGUACUAUGUGUAGGACUUGAUGUCUUUUGCUGUUGAUUUACGGAUGUAAAAUAUGUUGAUUCACGGAUGUAAAACAAUGUCUCUCUCUAUAUAAACUAUGUCUUUCGGUUUGGUUAUAAAAUGUGCAUCACUUCUCUUCUCUAUGUCUGUCUCAUAUUAUUACAACUGAGAAAAGCACACAAAGAAACUGUCUCACUUCUCUUCUCUUGUCUCUCUCUCGUUAUCACCUCUCUUCUCUUGUCUCUUCUCUUCUCUUGUCUCUCUUCUCUCUUCUCUUGUCAACAAACUGUGGUAACAAUCUGUAACAACAACCUUCGAGCAAGCUGAUCGUGGUGCUCAAACAUCAAACUUGAAGCUUCAAACUUUCUCUCAUGUAGUAGUGAAUUCAACAACAAAUUUCAAGCUCCAAAUCAAGGUAAGUGAUAAUGCAAAAAAAUGAUAUAAUGUGAAAAAAUAUAGCUUAUGCAAAAAUAUGAUAGAAUAAUGAAAAAAAAAAAUUAGAUUUUAAUAAAAGAUGAUAUAAUGUGAAAAAAAAUUUAGAUUAUGAAAAAAGAUGAUAGAAUAAUGAAAAACAAUAUAGCUUAUGAAAAAAUAUGAUAGAAUAAUGCAAAAAAAAAUUAGAUUUUGAUAAAAUUUCACUAAUGCAAUAAUACAAUUGUUUGGAGAUGAGUAUCUACGAAGACCUACACCUGAGGAUCUUCAACGAUUACUCGAUGUUGGAGAGGUACGCGGGUUUCCAGGGAUGAUAGGCAGCAUCGAUUGUAUGCAUUGGGAGUGGAAAAACUGCCCAACGGCUUGGAAAGGUCAGUACACACGUGGUUCAGGAAAGCCGACAAUUGUCUUAGAAGCCGUGGCAUCACAGGAUCUUUGGAUAUGGCACGCAUUUUUCGGAUUACCAGGUACCCUCAACGAUAUCAAUGUUCUUGAUCGGUCACCAGUUUUUGAUGACAUCUUACAAGGUCGAGCACCUAAAGUUAAGUUCAAGGUCAACAACCACACUUAUCGUAUGGCCUACUACCUUACGGAUGGAAUUUAUCCGAAUUGGGCAACAUUUAUCCAACCCAUCUCACUUCCUCAAGGUCCUAAAGCAGAGCUAUUUGCUGAACGUCAAGAAUCCACCAGAAAAGAUGUCGAACGGGCUUUUGGAGUAUUGCAAUCGAGGUUUGCAAUUGUUAAAAACCCAGCUCUAUUAUGGGACAAGGAAAAGAUAGGAAAGAUAAUGAGAACUUGUGUCAUAUUGCACAAUAUGAUAGUAGAGAACGAACGACACGGAUACGCUCAAAUUGAUACAUCUGAGUUCGAGUCAGGAGAGUCAAGCAGAAGUUCGAAGGUGAAAAGGAGAGAAAGGAUCCAUGUCGGUGAUAUGUUAGGCAUUCACAGAGAAGUUUGAGAUACAGAGAAGCAUGAUCGUUUGAAAGCUGAUUUAAUGAAAAAUAUAUGGCAAAAGUUUGGUAAUGAAGAUGAAUAAUGUUUGUAUGUUUGUAUGUUCUCGAUUUAUGUAAUCUACUCUUAAUGUAUUGAAUAAAAAGUUUUAAAAUAUUUAUAAUAUAUUUUAAUAUUUUAUUCAUGUAUUCUCAAUAAUUUGAUUUUUUUUUUAAAAAAUAUAAAUAUUAUUAUUUUAUUCCUAUGAACUUCUUCUUCAGGUUCACUAAUGCAUAAAAUAAUAGAUACAAGUUCAUAACUAUUCAUGGACCCACCAAAAAAUAUUAAAAAAUCUUUAUGAACCUCAAAGGGGGUUUCACUAAUGCUCUUGCUCUAAAUAUCUCUACCUACUUCUUAUAAGAAUUAAGAAGCCUCUCUCCUUCAUUUUAAAUUUGUAAUCGGUAAAGAAUUAAGAAGCCUCUCUCCUUCAUAAGAAUUAAGAAGCCUCUCUCCUUCAUAUCUAUUCCGUUGGGGCACUGGACCCCUUUCGAAGGGAUAACUGGGAAUGUGGCUGCCCAGAUACCAGAGUUAUCAAAAAAAAAAAAAAAAAAAAAUCUAACUUUGAAUUAAUUACUCAUAGUAUCUAAAUGUGAUAUUCAAUAAUGGGUAAAAAGCCAACUCGUAAAGUAACCCUAGAUUUUUUUUAACAGAAAAAAUAUCAAAUGAUAAGAAAAACUUCAUUGCUAGUUUCUAACAAAGUAUCUGAAUAAUAAUAAAAUUAGAAAAAUAGAAAAGGUUGGAGAAAAAGUGAUGAAAAAAAGAAACAGAUUCCUAGAAAGAAAUGAAUCUUCAUUUGAGAACUUUUAGUCUUUUACAUUAUGUGUCAACCUAUGAUAGUUUAUUUUUAAAAAAUUUAACUAAUGAUAAAAUUAUAGUAUUGAACUAGUAAAUUUACGUAUGAGAUAUUUGGUAGGUCUCUUACCAACGGACAAAGCUCUAAUAGAGAACGUGUUUGUGAUCAGGAGACAUACAUAUGAAUAUUUAUGGUAAUCACCAACGUCUUGGUCUUUGAGGCCCUACAAAACUAAAUGACAGAAACGAAGACGUUAGGAUACUAAAUGAGUUGGUACAUUGACUUGGCCUAUAAUUUUGGGUCAAUGAAAACAAGUCAAGUGAACAUCUCAGGACUGGAGGUUGGAGGAAACUCAUAGAGAAAUAAAUUUGGAGAGAAAGAGAGAGGGGGAGAAGAUGAAGGUGCAUGGUGUGUUCUUGGUGGCUGUUUUCUUCUACCUUGCAUAUACUCAUCUGGUCAAUGGGCAACCUCACAAGGACUGCCAAACUAGAUGUGGCAACGUCACAAUUGAGUACCCUUUUGGAACUUCUCCAAGUUGUCACUAUGCUGACGAUCCUAGUUUCAAACUCACGUCUGUAACGACAAAGAGAAGCUAUUAUUUGGACGUGACUUUGAAGUAAUCAACAUUUCUCACAGCGGGGAGCUACGUGUCUGGAAUAAUGUUUCCUACGCUUGCGACAAUAGCACAGGAAAUUUGAAUGAUGGGGCUUUCUAAUUUAUCUCUCUCCCGCAACAACAAGUUUACUGUAGUAGGCUGUAACGCUUUAGCAUUGCUGAUGACUUAUGGAACACGAAAUCACUCAGCUGUAUGCUUAUCAACAUGUGACUCUCCACCGGUGGCAAAUGGAGAAUGUAAUGGUGAAGGCUGCUGCAGUACAGAUGUCUUUGUCCCGUUGGAUAGCAAUAAAUUCCACACUCUUCCCACUCGUGUGCCUAACAUGACUUCUGUCUAUGACUUUAAUCCUUGCAAAGACGCCUUUCUAGGCGAAAAUGGUACUUUUCACUUUAAUGCUUCGGAAGAUCUUAAGAACCUAAGAAAUGUCAAAGAGUUCCCUGUGUUACUGGAUUGGUCUAUUGGAAACCAGAGAUGCGAUCAAGUUGGAAACAGAAGCAUAUGCUGUAUGAAUAACAGCAUAUGUGUCAAUUCUACUCGUGGAACCGGGUAUAACUGCAAAUGUUUUGAAGGUUUUGAGGGGAAUCCUUACCUUUCAAAUGAAAAGGGUUGCCAAGACAUCAAUGAAUGUAUUAGUACUAUCCAUAAACAUAACUGCUCGGAUCCCAGCACCUGUAGAAACAAGGAUGGAGGCUUCUAUUGUAAAUGCAGAUCUGGUUACCGCUUAGAUACAAACACUAUGAGUUGCAAGCGUAAAGACUUUGGAUGGGCUGCAAUUCUUCUUGGAACAACCAUCGGCUUCUUGUCCAUCAUGCCUGCCGUUAGCUGUGUACGACAGAAAAUGAAGCACCGGAAAGACAGUCAGCUCCGACAAAAAUUCUUCGUACAAAAUGGUGGCGGCUUGUUAGUACAGAGACUCUCAGGAGAAGAGACAUGA